UGAAAACCCUCUGCUGUAGUGAAGGUCCACUGCUUUUCUCAAUGUUAUUAUGCUUCAGAUAACAGCCUGACGAUUAAAACCGAAGCUGUUCUUACAGAAAAAUGAGAUAAAAAAAAAUGUAAAAUGACCAAAUCUCAAAGUGAGGUUUUUAAAGGGAUGCAAACGCAUUUUAAACGCAUUUUGCAACUUUAACAAAUUGUCGUUUCCACUCACAUAAAUUGGGAUUUAAUCUACUUUCCCAGCGCAUUAGUCAUUCAUUAUGGCCGGUUUGAACAAAUGGCUCAUUAGGUCAGAUAGAUCGCUCUCAUAUAACGUGUCCGUGAGUCCACCGGUGCCUGAUCUCCGCGCGACAGGAGCCUCUUUAACAGCGCGAGCCGAGCCAGAACGCGGAUCCGGCUGAGUAAUGGGACACAUGCAGGACUCCUGCUCAGAUCCAGACCUCCUGCGUCCCCAGGGACCCGCUGCAGCCAGGAGACAAAUCCUCGGGAUGUAACACAGAUUUAUGGAUGUCUCCCGGGUGCAAAGGUGAUCUUUUACAACCUUUGUGUGAUUUAGCAUUUUUGCAGAUAAAAGAUGUUUAAAAAACUUCAUUAUGUGGCCCCUUCUUCUUGUGGGGGCUUCAAAUUUGCGCAUCUUUUUUUCUUCUAUUUUGCAUCCAUCACAUCACUUCAUUUUUAACCUCCUGUCGAGCUCUCCUCAAUAGUCCGGCUUGCUUUUAGCAUCAUUUUUUACGCACGGCGCUUUUUGGCCCCUCCUUUAAAAUAAAGAGAGAGAGAAAAAGCUGAGUGUUGGUGGUGAACGGGACACCUCGGCCUGACCCCGGACUAACAAAGCCAACUACUAGUCACUGUCUGGGAACCUUUCAUCCCUUUCUUUUUAGAUUGGACGCCGCGUUUUGUUGCGCGUCCUUUGACCGGCCACAAGGCCAAAUAUGGCCCCGCCGUCCCUCAAUAUGGGAGAGAUUAAUUUUUCAGCUUUGGCCAUCUGUGGGGGGAAAAGUCAGUCAGCUAGAAGUCAUAAAUCUAAUGGGGGAGGAUAGAUAGAUAGAUAGAUAGAUAGAUAGAUAGAUAGAUAGAUAGAUAGAUGGGUAAUCGCAGCCAUCCCUCUCAUCCAGCAAAUCUUCAUUAGUCCUCCAAUGAACAUUUUUUUCUCUCUCCUCCAAAUUAUCCCAUUACGUCUGACAUAAACAAGCCCCAGUGCCGCCUCCCAUUGGCCAGCCGCGGGGUCACGUGCCCCGCGUGGUCGUCCGUCUAUUUGACAACCGCAGGAUGGCUUGAUGCCAGAGGGGGGAAAAAGAGACAGAGAGAGGGGAGAGAAAGAAAAAUUAGUAUUCUCCUACCAGCCUCGCUAUAAAUCAAUCAUGGAGUCCUACGUGGUGAGCUGUAAAUACGCUGAGCCGCAGUUCCCGCCUUGUGAAGAAGAUUACAGUAAUUUUAGUGACCAAGGGGGGUAUUACAACAACCCCCAGGACAGUGGCAGUUAUGGAGGGGGCUAUCAGCAGCAGCAGCCCCCUCCGCCUCCAUACACACCACAACAAACCGGCUAUCAACACUCUGUGCAGGCGCAUCGCCGGGAGGAUGCGGACGAGCGCGCGCAGCACCAAGGCGCGUCCUUCCCGGGCUACCGGGAGGCGGCGGACGGCCACGGCAAGGACCGGUUCCCGGCGCAGGCCGACCUGCAGUACCAGGCCUGGAUGACCUGCGCCAAGCCCGCUCAGGUGCAGAGGAGAGCGGCCUGCCAGGGCAAGGACAAGCCGCCCGUCGUGGUCUACCCGUGGAUGAAGAAGGUGCACGUCGCGCACGUGAAUCCAAACCACGUGGGACCGGAGCCGAAGCGGCUGCGCACGGCCUACACGCGCCAGCAGGUCCUGGAGCUCGAGAAGGAGUUCCACUUCAGCCGCUACCUGACGCGCCGCCGCCGCGUGGAGGUGGCCCACGCGCUCUGCCUGUCCGAGCGGCAGGUGAAGGUGUGGUUCCAGAACCGGCGCAUGCGCUGGAAGAAGGACAACAAGCUGCCCAACACCAAAGGAAGGAGCAAAAACAAGAAGGACAGCAACAGCGGAGGAGGAGGAGGGAGCGACGCCGUGAAGACGCCGAUAACCGUCUGACCGAGCCGCGUUUUGCACCUUCACGCUCCCAGAACUGAGGACUGAAACAAUCCAGCACGAGGCUUCAGAAACUCCACAUGUAUCCCGCCUUAUAUCUUAACCUUUACCUCUUUCCUCUUAUUUCCGCGUCUGGGCCGGAGGCUGCAGUCUGAUUUCAUUCAGCCAUGAAUGUCUGAGAUUUACGGUCGAGGCGGCAGAUGGUCUCACUUCUCUCCGGUGCAAUUAGGGAAUUGUUUCAUGAUUCAAAAGCCGCACUCCCCCUUCUGUCUGACGAGGAGAAAACAGGGUUUUAUUAUUUACAGGGUAAGCCAUAAUACAGGGUUUUUUCUUUCUUUUAUUGUAGUUCAUGAAAAUAGCAUAAUUUAUGAAAAUGCACAUUACCAAAAGGUUAUCUGGCGCUUUACAGGGUUCACCAACAACAAACACCAAACUGCUCCGCGUCCAAAAGCAAAGCUAGGAGAGCAGCCAUACUGGGCACACGUUUUAAAUAAUGACGCAUUCAGCGCGAAAAACAAGCAUUUACAAUAAGCCCAAGUUUAAAGUUUUUUUAAUGCACAACACUGACUAUACAUCCAACUUUUCUCAGGGUCACGGGGUUUUAGGAAAAGACGCGUUUUGUUGGACUCAGCACACGAGAAACACGCUCUCCCUUGAUUCCAGUUUCAUAUGCUAUUGAGACACGUAGCCUUCGCCAGUACUUAUUUUUAAUUUGUCUUAUUUAGAAGCGUAUUUUAUUCUUUGUAGUAUCAGCAUUUGUUCUUUUGUAUGU